AUGAGUCGUAAAUAUGCGCCUAUAUAUUUGAACUUUCUACAAAGUUUUAUAUUUUGCAGAACACGUAAUAAAAGGAAUGUUACAAAAAUUAUUACUCAAUUUAAGUCACACCAUACAAAAAUAAUAACAAUCUCUACUGGGUUAGCAUUUGUAUGGCCUGUGAAAAAACAAAAUAAAGAACAAUCAAGUAAUAUUGAUGUGACUCCUGUAUUAGUAACUGCAGACAAUUUGUUUGAAAAUGGACACUAUGAGGAAUGUUACAAUUUAUUAUCUAGUUGUAAGGUUUCUUACUUUUUUUAG